AUGACGGACUUACAAUCGAGAAAUCGAAUUCAGGAGGUGAUGGUACGCGCUGCGGCGCAUGCCAAAAGAGAGGAAUCCUAUCGGCAGGGCGGUUUUGAGUUUAUUUGCCGCGCUGGGCAUAUUCUCGAAUCGGCGUGUCGGCACGAUGUGAACGCGGCGUUCGAGGAGACCGCUUGCAUGAGGUGCCUCUAUCAAUCCGAAUUGCGGCUUCCCGAGUUGCCGGAGAUGGUUUUUCCGCGAAACGCGUUGACAAUCAAAUUUCGCGGUGGGACCAUCGAGCUGAACGCACUCGACGCGCUCAAAAUGGUGUGUCCCGAUAAGUUGCCCGAUGUGAAAGUGGGUCCGUCGACGGUUUGGCAGAGCGCCAGACAAGAGCGCCUCAAGAUGAUCACCGAGCAGCAUCAGCCGUUUGAUUGGACGUAUACGACGCACUAUAAGGGCACAGUAGCCGGGUGUACUGUAGAAGCGACUGAGGAGAAGAUCGACAUGGAGCGAUUGAAGCGAAGAGAUCAGAUCAUGUUCCAUUCGAGUGUCACGUUGUUUGAAGACGAGCUCGCCGAUCAUGGAAUCGCGCAAUUAUCGGCGAGAAUUCGCGUCAUGGAUGCCGGAUAUUUCUUUGUGCUUCUCCGAUUCUACAUGAGGGUUGAUAAUGUGCUGUUAAGGGUGUGCGAUACGCGAAUUGUCGGCGAUGACAAUUCGAAUUUUGUGAUUCGCGAGUGGCAGUUAAGAGAGGCCAAAUAUGAGCAGUUGAAGCAUGUGUUUCCUGAUGAUUUGUUGGAUAUUGACCGCGCUUGGAUGCACUUGCCAGUGAUUCAAUCGACAUGUGAAAAGAUUACAGCAAAUUCUUGA